GAGUCCGAGCACGGCCCGAUUGGACGAAUCAGCUGAGUUCGUCGUGAUUUUUGUUUGGUCAAUCGGGUCGAAUUUCUCAUAGUGAAAGGGAUUUCUGUAGUUUUUCGUGAUUCUCACUAAAUAACAGACAACGUGCGACGUGCAGAAAACUUCCCAAGAGCACAGGAACUUCCGGGAAUCGAGUAGAGAUGCCAUUUGAGGUUAUUGACGCAAUCCACGGGGUGCUUCGUUUCCCUGACUACGUGCGCACUAUUUGUAAUACAGCGGAGUUUCAGCGCCUCCGAAACAUCCGGCAAUUGGGGAAUACGUGCUUUGUCUUCCCAGGAGCCACGCACACACGCUUCGAGCACUGCCUUGGGGUCGCUCACCUCGUCCAGUAUCUGCUGACGAUUCUUGAAAAAAACUCCGGAAGAUGCAUUGAUGAGUCACUGAAGAAGUACGUUACGAUUGCUGGAUUGCUUCAUGAUUUGGGGCAUGGUCCCUUUUCCCAUAUGUGGGAAAGAUUUGUCCACACUGGACGUGAUAAGACGUGGAAGCACGAGGAAACAUCGUGUGUUCUCGUUGAGAGAAUUUUCCAGAGAAUCUCUCUGUCUGAAUGCUCCAAGGAACACAUUCGUGGUGUUCUACUGAUUAAAUCAUUCAUCCUCGGUGAUGAAGCAACACUCAGGAAGCUCCUUCCCAAGGAAGAUUUAUUCCUAGCUGAAAUUGUCAGCAAUCCUUUCUGCGAAGUAGAUGUGGAUAAAUGGGAUUAUAUAGCCAGAGAUACUUUCUAUCUCAAACAUGCAAUUGAUAUUUCUCAGGAUUUCUUUGAAUUCUUCAAAGGAGCUAAGAUAUCCAUGGACAAGGAAGGGAUAUCCCAUAUUUCGUAUCAUAUGGACGAUUUGAGCAAUAUUCUGCGUUUGUUUGAGGCACGAUCGAAGCUUCAUCGUGAGGUGUAUCAGUGUCCAUUUGUAGCCAUGAUCGAGGCAUAUGUGAGUGAGGUAUUGGCAUCAGCUGAUGCAAAUGGUUUCACUGUAAACGGUGUGAAGCUGUCUGAGGCUCAUCUUCAUCCUGAAAUCUACAUCCUGGUGGAUGAUUCGAUACUUCGUGUAAUUCAGCUGGAUGGCAAUCCCAGAUUGAGUGCGACCAAAGAUAAAAUUGCGAGACUUCAGGAGAGGAAGCUCUACAGGGAGAUGAAAGAGGAGAUCUCCACGAAUGGAGUGCCGAACGGUCAUGGGGAGUUUUCUGGUCAAAUUGUGCAACGAAUAGACUUGCCGAGAAUCCCAAAGAAUCUACCAGUUCACACCGACAAUCCUGGUGACUUCUUUCAGCCUUUCUUGUGGGAACGCCCAAUUAUGACCAAUAUAAUCAAGUACAAAGCAGACGUGGCUGAUGCUGAAACAACAGACCAUUGAGGGUGGGUGGAGAGAUGAUUUAAUCAUCCCUGCAAAAAAAAUCACAACCGUACCAUUUACGUAUUUUUUUUCGUUUAAAUUAUUAUUAUUUUCUUACUGCCUUAUCACGCUACAGCUUUAAGCGCUAAAAAGCUGAAAGAAUUUCCGCAAGAAAACUGAAA